UCAUAGACCGCGCUAUCCCUUCUGUUCUCUCCAAAGCAAAUUAGGAGAACUAAACUGAACUGAAAUUCCCUCACCAGUCACCUCGCGGGUGCCUGCAACUCUAAACGAAGACCAAAUCAUGGAACUCUCCCUGUUCCCCUUCAAUCAACACAGCCCGACUCUCCUUGACAGGCGUUUGUCAUCCAUUCUCAUCACAAAUAGAAGACACUCUAACAGGAAUUCAUGUGCGAGGCCAUGCCGCUGCUCUCUGUCUUCCUCAGGCGAUGUCACAAAGACACCAACUCUUACCGUACAACGUGAGGGAAGGAGAGCAUUGAUUGGUUGUCUCCUUACAGCAGUUGCUGGCAUGUAUGUAUGUGAUGUUGCUGAGGCUGUUAGCAGCAGUAGAAGAGCUCUUAGAGGGGCAAAAAUUCCGGAGAGUGAUUAUACUACCCUUCCCAAUGGUCUCAAGUACUAUGAUUUGAAGGUCGGGGGUGGAACUAAGGCCGUGAAGGGAUCCCGGGUUGCAGUUCACUAUGUUGCCAAAUGGAAGGGCAUAACAUUUAUGACCAGUAGACAAGGCCUUGGUGUUGGUGGUGGAACGCCCUAUGGAUUUGACGUAGGCCAAUCAGAACGGGGAAAUGUCCUUAAAGGAUUAGAUUUAGGCGUCGAAGGAAUGCGUGUUGGAGGCCAGCGAUUGCUAAUAGUUCCUCCUGAGCUAGCUUAUGGAAAAAAAGGAGUGCAGGAAAUCCCUCCAAAUGCAACUAUUGAGUUGGAUGUUGAACUACUAUCUAUCAAGCAGAGCCCAUUUGGGUCUCCUGUAAAAAUUGUUGAAGGCUAAUUCGUUCAUAUGGUUCAUAGAUGUGGAUGAACCACGGGGUAAAACCGAUGAGUUGUUACUAUUUGCAUUCUGCCAUGGACCAGAUUGUUGUACUAUUCAUCUGAAGGAAAUAAAGGACAAAUUUGAUAAAAAAAAAAAAAGUUGAUAUCAUUGUAGUUCGUUGCCUUCAGAAAUAAAUUUACUCAAGAUGUAA